AUGGCUUGCCAUGUAUGUGUUACUUGCGGUCUUCAAUAUCCAUUCGCAUCAUCAACACCUUCACAUUGCCUCAUAUGUGAAGAUGAACGACAGUAUGUUGGCAGAAAUGGUCAAGAGUGGAUAACGCGCGAAGAAAUGUUGGAUAAAUAUGAAAAUAAGAUUAAAUGCGAAGAACCCAAAUUAUUUUCAAUUUGUACUGAGCCGUCAUUUGCCAUCGGUCAGCGUGCAUUUUUAGUGCAAACAUCAUAUGGUAAUAUUCUCUGGGAUUGCAUCUCAUUACUUGAUCAAAAUACUAUUGACUAUAUCAAGAAAUCUGGUGGUCUCACUGCAAUAGCCAUUUCUCAUCCCCACUUUUUUACUACAAUGGUAGACUGGAGUCAUUUGUUUGGUAAUAUUCCUAUUUAUAUUCACAAAGCUGAUGAAGCAUGGGUAGUGAGACCUGAUAAGUGUAUUGAAUUUUGGGAUGGGAGUACGAAGGAUUUAUUCGAUGGGAAAUUAAAACUUAUACACACAGGCGGACAUUUCGAAGGUUCACAAGUAUUAUAUUGGCCUGAAGGAGCAUCGCACCGCGGCGUAUUAUUAACUGGAGAUGAACCUCAUAUUUGUAUGGAUUCGAAAUGGGUUACAUUUAUGCAUAGCUUUCCAAACUAUAUUCCGCUUAAUGAACGGAAAGUUAAACGAAUUAUGGAACGUUUACAACUUAUAGACUAUGAUAGACUGUAUGGUGCAUUCAGUAGUGGAAAUAAAAGUGAAGUAAUUCUUGAAAAAGCACAGAAGAUCGUUCAACAAUCUGGCGAACGGUAUUUAAAAGCUAUCUCAAACGAGUGA